GUGGGAGGAGAGGAGCCAACUCUUAACUCUUUGAGUGAGUGGUCUCAGCAUCAACAAAGCAUCACAAUACAGAGGGAAAAUGGGUCGUGGUGUGAGUGCUGGUAGUGGCCAGGGUUCCUUGGGUUACCUCUUUGGCAGUGGGGAGCCUACCAACAAUGUUCAAAGUGCUAACCAGGCUGCACACACUCAAAAUGCUAGUGCUCCUUCACCACCAGUUGAAAAGCAGCAAAGUCCAGCACCAGUUGAAAAGCAAAUUCCUGCUGGAAUUCCUGGAAGUCUCAAAAACAAUUACCAUCAUGCCGAUGACCAAAAUUGUGGCAACUUUCUCACUGCUCCAGAUUUGUUGUUAGCUAUUGAAGGCUACCCAUCCGACGUCAAUCUCUUUUGUCGAAGUCAUUUAUGUGUGUUUAUCUUUAACAACUGUGAUGCUUCCAAUUUCAGUCAACAAUUUCACUGUUUCCACCCUUCACAGUGA